AUAUCUGUAACCUGUAACCAUAGUAUUCCACUUUGAAUUAUCAAAUGGAGAGAUUAUCGUCUUUGCUUCGAAUCCCGCCACCAACAUAUGGAAAAUUAAUUACUGUUCUCAGUAUCGACGGAGGUGGUAUUAGAGGCCUUAUUCCUGCCACCAUUCUGGAAUUCCUCGAAUCCAAGUUCCAGGAGCUAGAUGGCAAAGAUGCGAGACUUGCUGAUUACUUUGAUGUCAUUGCGGGCACGAGCACUGGUGGUCUCGUGACGGCUAUGCUAACCGCACCAGAUGAAAACAGGCGGCCUCUGUUUGCUGCUAAAGAUAUCAAGCCUUUUUAUCUCCAACACGGUCCCAAAAUAUUCCCACCAAGGAGUGCAUUCAAACAAUUACUAGGCCCCAAGCAUGACGGAAAAUACCUUCAUGAUGUUGUGCGAGAAAAGCUAAGGGACACGAGGCUGCAUCAAACAUUGACGAAUGUAGUUAUUCCUACUUUCGACAUCAAACAUCUGCAGCCCACAAUCUUCUCCACUUAUGAGGCCAAGAAGUACCCAUGUUUUAAUGCUCGGCUAUCUGAUAUCUGCAUUAGUACCUCUGCUGCUCCAACAUACCUUCCUGCCUAUAGGUUCAAUAACUACGAUAGCCAAGGGAACGUCCGUGAAUUCAAUCUUAUAGACGGUGGUGUUGCAGCCAAUGAUCCCACCUUGGUUGCAAUCACUGAAGUCACGAAACAGAUAUUCGAGGGUAAUUCAGAUUUCUUGCCAAUAAAGCCGACGGAUUAUGGUCGGUAUCUGAUAAUUUCAGUAGGCACGGGCUCUGCGAAGAUUGAACAAAGAUAUGAUGCGAAAAGAGCAGCCAAAUGGGGUCUUUUGGGAUGGUUGCGCCAUCAGGGCUCGAAUCCAUUGGUGGAUGUUUUUACGCAAGCUAGUGGAGAUAUGGUUGAUUACCAUCUUUCUAUAGUCACUCAAUCUCUUCACUGUGAAAGAAAUUAUCUCAGAAUUCAGGAGGACACCUUAACAGGGAUAGACUCAUCAGUAGACACAUCCACCAAAGAGAACUUGAAAAGGCUAGUCGGAAUCGGUGAGAAUCUGUUGAAGAAACCAGUUUCCAGAAUAAACUUGCAUAAUGGUGCUCAUGAAGAAGUUGAAAACGGUGGAACCAAUGAAGAAGAAUUAACAAGGUUUGCGAAACUGUUGUCAGAAGAAAGGAGAUUUAGAGAGCUAAGAUCUCCACGCAUCAACAGAGCCUAAAAGUCCAAGGGUCGUCAUCUCAAUAAUUUACUAUAUUGAUUCGAGCUAAUUUUUUUACUCCGAAGACUAGUAUCAAAUGCAUUAUAAUCAGAUCUCUGUAAUUUUUUAUCCUCGUAUUGAUAAUCAGAUCUUUGUAAUUUU